UAAGUUUGUUAUUGACGUAGGUCAGGGGGAAGCCCGCACUGGUUUCUCGCCAAUAGACGGUUGUUGCCUCGGUGUUUACUGGCUUCCCUGGAACUGGCAACAGUGUUGUCCUUCACAUUCACACAGCAGAGCAAUGAGCCGAAACUGCACUCAGGGACGUUUCUUAUUUCUCACCUCGGAACAAUCGAUAAGCUAAUUCCUGGCCGCCACUGAUCUCCUACGGCCAUCCACCGAUAACUCCUCCACGGCAAGUGCCUUGUUUCCUCUGAUUUCUUUGAUAUCGCACGUUCAUAGCGAUUGCCAGCAGUUGACCCAAGUGCCCCAAUCGCUCGUGUCUUCCGUUUCUAAGGCGGGGCCGAGCGACACUCAUCUACCGAGAUCUCAGAUUCUUUUGUCAGACAAAAUCCAUCGAUGGCAUCCUCGGCAUACUACAAGAUCUCCUACUUAGAGAAUCAGCUUGUCCGGCGAGCUGUGAGCAACGACUGUUCAGGGUGGAGCUGCCUGAGUGAUGCCGCGCAGAUGGGUAUCAUUCUUGUGCUUAUCGCCUCUUUAGCAGCCGUAAGCUAUCUGUACUGGCGGUUCAAGAUCAAGCCCAAUCUGCAGGCCGAGCUCAACGGCAGUUGCAGUGGCAGUCAUGGCCGAGUCAGUGGCUAUUGGGAAGUCACAAGGAGGGAUCCAAACAGGGUUUCAAUUACCAUUUAUCCAGAGCCAAGGUCGCCGCCGAGAGAUGAGGAACAUGGCCUGACAGAAACGCGGGACCAAGGACACACCAAAGGAAACUGUGGAUCGCCUCGGACAGAGGAGAUCACUACCGAUCAAGCACACAACUCACUUGGCUAUGUGGCUACCCCUGAUAUUCACGUGGUCCCCCCCCAACCGCCUCCAAUCGUUUGGGCCGUCGCACCCUCUUCAACUAUUCCCCCUCCGCCUCCAUUCGGGCCUCCGGUUGUCCUCGCUGCUGGCCCUUCUGUUGCUCCUUUACAGGCCGGCACACUCGGCUUCGGCACCACGGCAGGUCCUUGUCAGCCGGAUGUCCCACCUCCGUACUUCGGUUACGCAGCGCCUCAGAACACUCAAAUCCAGCAUCCAGGGCCCGAUAAAGUGGCGACUGCCCAACCCACUGGAGCACCUCCGCCAGCCAGGCCGUCAGUGCCUCCGAGAGAUAUCCAUGCUGAGCCGGCCCCGGUGACCCCAGCUACCGAGAAUCGGGGUCAGAGGCGGCGUUGGUUUUUCUUGGGCAACCGGUCCCCGACAGUCGGCCAUGCCAGGACCCUGUCUAAUUCAUCGUCUGCGGAAACUCGGUCGAAGUCGCCUUCACCACCGCCGCCUUCAGUCUCCCCACCAAGUUCUGAUCAUGGAGGUCGUUCAUCAAGACAUCGCUCCAAUACGCAGCCGCGACCUUUCCCAUCUGGGCGCCGCGAAACCCGUCGGCACCGUACCGACUCGUCGUCUCGGUCUGAGUCCGGCCUUAGCUCCAGCUACAUCAAUGCGAGCGUCGAGGUUGUCUUCGACAACCAACACCGCCACCCGCAAUCCCGGCACCAUGUCCACCAGCCUGGUGGCCCGGACAGGCGGGGCCGUCGUGAUGGUCGCCGAGAUGCAGACCUGGCUCCCUCGGAUAUGAUUCCCCUGUCCCGAUUAGGCCAUUCACGGCGUCGCUCUUUUCCUGGCUCAAGAAGGCAACCAAGCCCUGACAUACAGUUCCCAAGCCCUGAGCGUCGCCGGGCGAGCGUGUCAUUCGAGGUCCCCAGAGACUCCGAUGUCAUGACGACUACCUGUUCGUCACAAACUCCAGAACCACCCAAGCGUUCUGGUACUCGAGCUCGGCGCUCACAGAGCGACAGUCACGACGGCAUCCGCCGACAGCCCUCGCAAUCCAGACGGAGAAGCGAGCAGCCCUCUUUGGCGGGCCAGAUCAUCGAGACCUUCUAUCUGAUGCGGCGGCCUUUGCGUGGUGAAGAGCAAGGAGGAAGAUGGAAGGAAGCACGUCAGUGAGGAGAAAUGUGUGGGUUACGUAACAGUUGGAGGACCUCAUUAGGUCCAUGACGGGUGUGUUAAUCGGAUCAGUCGGUUGAAACUGACACAGGAGGCCAUCCAGUGGAUCUGAUGUACGACAAACGAUGUCUGAAGUUGACCUGGCGGGAAUGGUAGGAGAGGGAGGAAUGUUCGUUGUUAGGUUACUAUGUCAGACUAGACAGCCUGUGAGCGAUUGAUUACUGUACCUUGCUUAUAAACAAU